AUGGACGAUCCGCAGGCGGUGUGGCGUGCGCUCAGCCCUGAGGGCCUCGCUGCUGGUAUUCUGGUCGUCACAAUCAUCUUCUCCAUCACCACCACAGUCAUGCUCUUGUUGAGGGCGUACAUUCGGACUGUUCACAGACUGAACGGCCCAGAGGAUUAUUUGAUGUAUAUUGGAGGAGUGCUCAACCUGGGGCAUAACGCUGCUGUCGUGUAUGGAUGCUUCACAGGUAUAGGGACUCGCGACGGCAAGCUCAAUCUCCCCAUCAUGGUAGAGGGCGCAAAGACUGUCACCGUUUGGCAAUUACUCUACAUCCUCUCCUCGCCCUUCAUCAAGGUCAGCAUCUGCGCCAACCUGAUCCGUGUUGCCAUGAAGCGACGAUACAUAUACCCGUUACAGGCCAUGUCGGGUCUAGCUAUAGCCAUGUCAGUUAUGGCAUUCAUCGUUGUGUUCGUCCAGUGUCGCCCAUUUGCCGCCUCCUGGACCGGACAGGGGAAGUGUAUCUCUGUCGAUGUCAUCAUCAUCCCCACUUACGUCUUCUCGGCUGCAAAUAUCCUUGUGGACUGGGUCGUCGCCAUUCUGCCAGCAUUCAUCGUCUGGAAUCUCCAGCUCCGCAGGAAGUUGAAGCUGCUAUCAUUCGGAAUCCUGGGAGUGGGUGUACUAGCUUCCAUUGCCACAAUCAUCCGGAUGCCUUAUAUACCGAGCUACGCGGCAAAGUCGGACAAACUUUACAAGAUUGGCUUCAUCAUCCUCUGGACCGUCGUAGAGCUCAGCCUCGGAAUCCUAGCCGGCUCUCUUCCCUCUCUACGCAAAUCCUUCAAGAGUCUGUCGAAAGACCAAAGCACAGGGGAGCACGGGAACAUGUACGGAUCCGAUCUUGUCACGAUAGGGGGUGGAAAUAGUGCGAAACCACAACGCUCAGCUGCGUACGAACUGAACACAACUGUAGUUGGGAGGAAGAGUGACUCGGGAGAUGGCAAUAGUGAUGGUGUGAACGAUGUGGAUAAUGACAGUACUAGCCGUAUUAUUCAUGUCACGCGGAAUGUUACUCAAACUAGAGAAUGGGAGCGAUUAAGAUGA